UCCAAACACAAACCAUACUCACUGUCACACAACAAAACAUUCUAAACUAAAUUCCAACUCCAAACUUGUCUUAAUUACUACACUUUGAUCAACAGAACAAACAAGAAGAGUUAGUGAGUGAGAAUAGCUACAUAGUUGAUCAUUAAAUUCAAUGGCUUCUACUCAAUGUUUCUUGCACAUCCCUGCACUUACUACUUCUACAACAAGUACCAAAGUCUCAUCACAACACCAAGUUGUAAACACCAAGCCAAACCAGCUUCUUGUUUGCAAGGCAUGGAAGCAAGUUGCAAUCCAUGAGGAUGAUGAUAGUAUAGUUUCUCGCCGGUUGGCUCUCACUGUGCUUUUUGGUUCUGCUGUUGUUGCCUCUAAGGUUUCACCAGCUGAUGCAGCCUAUGGUGAAUCUGCCAAUGUGUUUGGAAAACCAAAGACAAACACAGACUUCUUGCCAUUCAAUGGAGAUGGAUUCAAAUUAUCAGUUCCCUCAAAGUGGAACCCUAGCAAAGAGGUUGAAUACAAAGGUCAGGUUCUUAGAUAUGAGGACAACUUUGAUUCAACUAGCAAUGUGGUUGUCACUGUCACUCCAACUGAUAAGAAGUCCAUUAUUGACUAUGGUUCACCUGAGGAGUUCCUCUCUCAGGUGAAUUAUUUACUAGGAAAGCAGGCCUUCUUUGGCGAAACGCAAGCUGAGGGUGGUUUCGAUCCGAACGUUGUUGCAACAGCAAACAUACUUGAAAGUUCAACACCUGUGAUUGAUGGAAAACAGUACUAUGUUUUGUCAGUGUUGACAAGAACUGCUGAUGGAGAUGAAGGUGGCAAACAUCAAAUAAUUAGAGCAACUGUGAAAGAUGGAAAGUUAUACAUUUGCAAAGCUCAAGCUGGUGACAAAAGAUGGUUUAAAGGAGCAAGAAGAUUUGUUGAGAGCACAGCAAAUUCAUUCAGUGUUGCUUAAAAACUAUAAUUAAUAGAAGGUUAUAAAUUAUAAUUAACUUAUAUAUGUGCUUGCAUGUAAAUCAACUUCAUGUGCUAUUAUAAUAUGUAUGUUUUGAGAUUGUGUAGAAUCCCUUUUGUAUAAAAGUUUCAUUAAGGGAAUGUGAAUACUUAAUCAAUCUGAACAUGUGAGUCCAAACUUAACAAGCCCAUCAUCAAUUUGAUUAGGAAAAUUUUACUUGUA